AUUCGAGGAUUCGCUGUCGUCGGGCAAUGCAUUUUAGAUGAAUAUACAUACUGUAUACACUAGUUUAAUCAGUGGAAAAAUCACAUUAACAUCAUGAGUUCUUCGGGUAGUACUAAAUAUCAGUACCUGGCUGCCAUAAGUGUAAAUAUUGUGUCCAUAUCGUAUGGAGCAUUUUGUGGCUGGCCCUCGGCCAGUUUUCUGGAACUGGGCGGCGAGGAUAGUCCCCUGGAAACGGGACCAUUAAGCACUCAGGAUCAGGGCUGGGUGGCAUCCACCAUUUGCAUAGGCGGUCUUUUCGGGGGCAUUCUGUUUGCCUGGCUGGCGGAGAAGAUCGGCCGGCGGUGGUCCCUCCUAUGGAUGGCGCUGCCAAAUCUGAUUGGCUGGAUUAUAAUACCAUUUGCCAGCACUCCAACGCACUUGAUUAUUGCUCGAUUCAUUGGCGGCGUAGCGGGAGGCGGCUGCUUUUCGGUGAUACCCAUUUAUAUAGCAGAGCUCGCAUCGGACAGUGUUCGAGGUGUUUUGGGCACAUUCCUGGUGCUGACAUGCAAUGGUGGAGUUGUCCUGGCGUUCGUUUUGGGCUACUACUUCGACUAUGCCACAGUGUCGUGGAUUGUCUCUACCUUAUCCUUUUUGUUUGUGGGCUGCUUCUGGUUUAUGCCGGACACACCGGAGUACCUGGCCAAGCACAAUCGAGUGGAGGAGGCUAAGCUAUCUCUGCGCUACUAUCGAAAUAUUCAGUUCAGCCCCGCCAAGGAACUCAGUGAAGAUCUCAAACUGGAGCUGGAAAAACUGAAGCCCACAGAAAAGACAGAUCUCGAUGGGAAUGACAAUGAUGGCGACGAACAUGCCGUAACCUGUGCUGACUUUGCUGAUGUCAAGACGAGAAAGGCCUUCUUCAUUGGUCUGGGCCUCGUGAUGUUCAAUCAGUUGUGCGGCUGCUUUGCGAUGGUCAACUACACGGCUGUGAUUUUCGAGCAGGCCGGCGCCAGUCUGGCACCCACUGUGUCGGCCAUUAUUGUCGGCUCGAUUCAGUUGCUCGGCUGCUACGCGUCCACGGUUCUGGUGGAGCGAGCGGGUCGCAAGAUCCUGCUGCUCGUGUCCGCCGUGGGCAUUGGUCUGGGUCAGAGCGCCAUGGGCAGUUAUAGCUAUCUCAAGGUCCUGGGCUACGACGUCAGCUCUUUCGGUUGGGUGCCCGUGGCUGGCUUCUCGUUUAUGCUGCUCCUGGCCGCCAGCGGUCUGCUGACGUUACCCUUUCUGGUCAUAGCGGAGAUCCUGCCGCCCAAAGUACGCAGCACAGCGAAUAUGAUACUCAUGUCAGUGCUUUGGGUGAUUGCCACAGCCGCAAUCAAGUUGAUGCCCCUGUUCACAGAAUCACUGGGUAUGCAUGGGACCGUCUUUAUGUUCGCCAGCAUGUCCUUCAGCGCAGCUCUGUUCAUAGCCAUAUUUGUUCCCGAAACCAAGGGCAAGACGACGGAAGCCAUCUUGGCCAACCUCUAGUAUUACAACUAAUUUUAAAUGAUUUGUUAAUGUUUUUAUUAAAAUCUCAAAACGCCUUAA